AUGAAGGUAGCUGAGAUGCGGAUGCUGAGAUGGAUGUACGGGCAUACCAGGAGAGAUAGAAUUCAGAAUGAAGUGAUUUGGGAUAAGGUGGGUGUGGCCCCUGUGGUGGAUAAGAUGCGGGAAGGGAGGUUGAUGUGGUUCGGCCAUGUGCAGCGGAGAUGCGCUGAUGCGCCGGUGAGGAGGUGUGAGAGGAUGGCAGUAACGAGCCUGAAGAGAGGGAGGGUUACGCCAAAGAAGGCCUGGGGAGAGGUGAUUCAGCAGGACCUGGCGCUACUUCAGCUUACCGAGGACAUGACUGGUGAUAGGAGGGGGUGGAGGUCGUGUAUCAGGGCAUUGAUAAUGCUAUUGGUACCUGCUGUACUGAUACCAUUUUGGGUCAAUAGGGUCAAAAGAAUUGAAGGCGAGAUUAAGGUUUAUACAUCAGUCAAUGAACUACAAAGCCAUUUUCACAGAAACAUUAAAUAUGGAUUCAUGUUAAUCAUCUUAAUGAUGAUUGCAUUGGCUAUUUCAAUAUUCAUCCUUGCGAUACUAACAAUAAGAGCAGGAAGAAGAGAAAUGUAUUUGUCUUCUGCACUUAUAAAGCAAAUGGAAGCAACUCAACAAGAAGAAAGGAAAAGUAUGAACAAAAGCACUGCAUUUGCACUUGCAAAUCAUGAUGUUAGAGCUUCUCUUGCUGGAAUCAUUGGAUUAAUCGAGAUGUGUCGCGCCCAGGCUUCACCUGAAUCCGAAUUGCUGAAGAAUUUGAAUCAUAUGGAAUCUUGCACGAACGAUCUUUUAGCCAUAUUGAAUUCUAUUCUUGACCAAAGCAAGAUAGAACAAGGGAAGAUGCAACUUGAAGAACAAGAAUUCAAUAUGGAAGAGCUACUAGAACAUGUUGUCAACAUCUAUUACCCGAAUGGAGCAAUGAAGAAUGUCGACGUGUUACUAGAUCUGUGUGAUGGUUCUGUACUAUUCUCUCGUGUUAAAGGCGAUAGGGGAGAAUUAAGACGGAUACUGAGUAACUUGUUGCAUAAUGCAGUUAAGUUCACCUCAGAGGGACACAUUACUCUUCGGGCUUGGGCUCGAAAACCUGUUUUUGAUCAAAGAUCCAAUACAAGUAAUUCUAGUAUUGGUUGUAUGUCAUGCUUACGUUUAGAGAACGAUGAAUCAUCUGCAGAAUCUCAAGUACUGAAUAGAGUUCAGCAAGAUCCUAAUUGUGUGGAGUUCAUAUUUGAGGUGGAUGAUACAGGGAAAGGAAUUCCUAAAGAGAAACAAAAGUCAGUUUUUGAGAAUUAUGUUCAAGUGAAUGAUCAAACAACUUCUGUUCAUGGAUCACAAGCAGGCACUGGCUUAGGGCUCGGGAUUACUCAGUCGUUGGUUCGGUUAAUGGGAGGUGAAAUAGGUAUAGUCGACAAGAAAAUUGGUGAAAAGGGCACCUGCUUUCGAUUCAACAUUUUCCUCAUAGCAUGUGAUCAGCCUGAAGUUAAAGAACAUCAAUCAAUUAGUCAUAAUUAUGCAGGAGAAGAGGAGGAUAACCUACGUUCGACAGAUAUAGUCAUGGCAAAACCACUACAUGGUUCUCGUUUAUAUCGUGUCCUCGAAUUUUCACCAGAGUCUGAAGGUACAAAUUUACCAACCGUCACACAAGAAAUAAAGGAUGAAACAACUUCAAGAUUGAAGAUUCAGCAACCUCCAAUGAGGUCCAGAAGUCCACCCUUAGAAGCGAAACGACAGGAUGUAUCUGUUGAUGUUAACGGAAGUUCUAGUGAGAACUUACCUUUAACAGGAAAGAAAAUUUUGGUGGUUGAGGAUAAUAAAGUACUACUUAUGAUAUGCAAAACCAAGGUUUCCAAGCUUGGUGCAACCACUGACACAUGCGAAAAUGGUGAAAAAGCUCUAGCUCUUGUCCGCAAAGUCCUUAGUGAUCAAUGCAGUAUAGGGCCAUCCACUCCUUCACCACCAUUUGAUUAUAUUCUGAUGGAUUGUCAGAUGCCAGAAAUGGAUGGAUUUGAAGCAACCAAAUGCAUUAGGGAAGAAGAGGCACAUUAUGGAAUUCGAAUUCCCAUCAUAGCUUUAACAGCACAUACAAAGGAAGUGACAGAUAAGAUUUUUCAAGUUGGAAUGGAUUAUUACAUAGAAAAACCCUUCGAUGGUGCUAAGCUUCUGAAAGCCAUAGAUUAUAUAGAGCAUAGAGAAGUUUAAGAGAUCAUAAAGUGUCUCUAUUUCUUCGAGUCGUUAUGUAAGAUAUAAAGUAAGAUUUCUCCGGAAACUCUUGCAAAGGGUCUUUCUCAUAGUUUUAUGUUGU